AUGGCAGGUGCAGCGCCGGCCGAUGAAGAUGGAUCGCCGAAGAAGACGAAGCAGGGCGGCUUCAAGACAAUGCCCUUCAUACUAGCGAACGAGGUCUGCGACAGGUUCGCGACGGCCGGCUUCAACGCCAACAUGAUCACCUACCUCACGCAGCAGCUGCACCUGCCGCUGGUGGAGGCCUCCAACCUGCUCACCAACUUCAUGGGCACAGCGGCCUUCACCCCGGUCUUCGGCGCCAUCAUUGCCGACUCCUACGCCGGCCGCUUCUGGACCAUCGCCGCUGGCGGCGCCCUGUACCAGCUCGGCAUGCUCGGCCUCGUCGUGUCCGCGCUCGCAACAGCCCUCCGCCCCCCGCCGUGCGCCGCCGCUGCCCUGUCGACGCCCGCGUGCCAGCGCGCGAACGGUGGGCAGCUCGCCGUGCUUUACCUGUCGCUGCUCUUCACCGCGCUCGGGUCCGGCGGCAUCCGGCCGUGCGUGGUGGCGUUCGGCGCGGACCAGUUCGGCGUGGGAGGGAGGCGGCCCGGAGGCGAGCAGAAGUGGAGCUUCUUUAACUUCUACUUCUUCACCAUGGGGCUCGCCGUGCUGCUGGCGCUGACGGUGGUGGUGUACAUCCAGGAGAACGUUGGGUGGGGUUGGGGGUUCGGCAUCCCCGCCAUCGCCAUGUUCGUUUCCGUGCUGUCGUUCGUGGUCGGCUACCCGCUCUACGUCAGGGUGAAGCCCGGGGGAAGUCCCUUCGUGAGGCUGGUUCAGGUCGUGGCCGCGGCGAUCAAGAAGAGGAAGGAGGCCAUGCCGGAGGACGCCGGCAUGCUGUACCAGAACAAGGAGCUGGACGCUCCCAUCGCCGCCGACGGGAGGCUGCUCCACACCAACCAGCUCAGGUUCUUGGAUCGAGCGGCAAUAGUGACGACGACCGAUGCUGUUGACUCCGGCGACGAGCCGGACCUGUGGCGGCUGGCGACGGUGCACCGCGUGGAGGAGCUCAAGUCCAUCGUGCGCAUGCUGCCGCUGUGGGCGGCCAGCAUCACGCUCAUCGCCGCCGCCUCGCACAACUUCACCUUCGCCAUCCAGCAGUCGCGCACCAUGGACCGCCGCCUCACGCCGCGGUUCGAGAUCCCGCCGGCCAGCAUGAUCAUCUUCACCACGCUCACCAUGCUCGUCAGCCUCUCCCUCUACGACCGCGUCUUCGUCCCGCUCGCGCGCCGCUACACCAGCCGGCAGGCGGGGAUCUCCUACUUCCAGCGCAUGGGCGCCGGGCUGGCGGUCUCCGUCCUCGGCGUCCUCGCGGGGGCGCUCGUCGAGGGCAAGCGGCGCAGGGCCGCGGCGGAGCACGGGCUCCUGGACAGCCCCGGCACCACCGUGCCGAUCAGCGUGUUCUGGCUGGUGCCGCAGUACGCGCUCCACGGGGUGAGCGACGCGCUCUCCACGGUGGCGCACAUGGAGUUCCUGUACGACCAGUCGCCGGAGAGCAUGCGCAGCUCCUCGGCGGCGCUGUUCUGGGUCGCCGGCUCGCUCGGGAACUACCUGGGAACGCUGCUCGUCACGGUGGUGCAGAGCGCGAGCGGAGGGGAGUGGCUGCAGGACAACAUCAACCGGGGCAGGCUCGAUUACUACUACUGGCUCGUGACCUUGCUCAUGGCGCUCAACCUUGCGUAUUACAUCGCCUGCUUCCAUUUUUACACCCUGAAGUCCUUCGACGUGGAGGGGAACGGGGCGCAACGGCGGCAAGAUGACGGUGAGGGGCAAAGUCGGAGUGCGGAGCGGGAGACUGAGCUCGAUGCUGGCCGCAUUGGAGCUUCGAAAAAUUGUGCGUAGGAUCAUUUAUAACGGUGUAAGCUCAGCUCAGGGAGCGGUUAACAUCACUAUAUCAGUGUAUCUUUGAACUACCGAACUUGUAUUGAUGUAACAGAAUUAAAAGGGGGAAAUUAAGAUGCAUCAUUGUUCUUUCUUUUUGCUGCAAUUACUCGGUUGUUCGAUUUCUUUUUCUGAAAAUCCUAGCCAUCUAAAAUUGCGCAGUGCGCAGCCUAGGAUUGCACUUUUUGAAGGAGCACAAUUUUUACUGAAAUUUGAAUGCAUUUUUUAA